AGGAAAUUCGAGAGCCGCCUGUAACCUGUGACCUGCUAUGUCCUGAGCCUACAUUCUCUGUCCUUAGCAGGUGAGAUUUGACCCAAGUGGUCACAUCUGCUGGCUGCCUAGCGCUGCAUUAUGGGAAAGGUCCGAAGCCACUGCUGGGUCAGAGCUCAAAUGGAGCCUGGACGCUGUUGAGUGAGGUUCUCGGGCGCGUGUGUAAUGGAGGAGGGCGUGCACACAGAGGCGCAGAAGCAGCUGCAGAAGGAUGACUGGAACGACAUCGACUCCAUUAAAAAGAAAGACCUUCACCACAGCAAUGGAGAUGAGAAAGCACAGAGUGUGGAGACCCUCCCCCCAGGGAAAGUCCGGUGGCCAGACUUUAACCAGGAGGCGUAUGUUGGUGGAACAAUGGUUCGCUCUGGGCAGGACCCCUACGCACGCAACAAGUUCAACCAAGUAGAGAGUGACAAGCUGCGUAUGGAUCGAGGCAUUCCUGACACCCGGCAUGACCAGUGUCAGCGGAAGCAGUGGCGGGUGGACCUGCCAGCCACCAGCGUGGUAAUCACAUUUCACAAUGAAGCCAGAUCAGCCUUGCUGCGGACGGUGGUCAGUGUCCUUAAGAGGAGUCCACCGCAUCUCAUCAAGGAGAUAAUCCUGGUGGACGACUACAGCAAUGACCCUGAGGACGGGGCCCUGUUGGGGAAAAUUGAGAAAGUGAGGGUCCUGAGAAACGACCGACGGGAAGGUCUGAUGCGCUCUCGGGUCCGGGGUGCCGACGCUGCCCAGGCCAAGGUCCUGACCUUCCUGGACAGUCACUGUGAAUGUAACGAGCGAUGGCUGGAACCGCUGCUGGAGCGGGUUGCUGAGGACAGGACCCGGGUUGUAUCCCCCAUUAUUGAUGUCAUUAACAUGGACAACUUCCAGUAUGUGGGUGCCUCUGCUGACCUCAAGGGUGGUUUUGACUGGAACUUGGUGUUCAAGUGGGAUUACAUGACGCCAGAGCAGAGGAGGUCCCGGCAGGGGAACCCAGUCGCCCCUAUAAAAACCCCCAUGAUUGCUGGUGGCCUGUUUGUGAUGGACAAGCUCUAUUUUGAAGAGCUGGGGAAGUACGACAUGAUGAUGGAUGUGUGGGGAGGAGAGAACUUGGAGAUCUCAUUCCGAGUGUGGCAGUGCGGUGGCAGCCUUGAGAUCAUUCCGUGUAGCCGUGUGGGACACGUGUUCCGGAAGCAGCACCCCUACACGUUCCCAGGUGGCAGUGGCACUGUCUUUGCCCGGAACACCCGCCGAGCAGCAGAGGUCUGGAUGGAUGAAUACAAAAACUUCUACUACGCAGCAGUGCCUUCUGCCCGAAAUGUGCCCUAUGGAAAUAUUCAGAGCAGGCUGGAGCUCAGGAAAAAGCUGGGCUGCAAGCCCUUCAAGUGGUACCUGGACAAUGUCUACCCAGAGCUAAGGGUUCCAGACCACCAAGACAUAGCUUUUGGGGCCUUGCAGCAGGGAACCAACUGCCUGGACACACUGGGACACUUUGCUGAUGGAGUCGUUGGAAUUUAUGAAUGUCACAACGCUGGAGGGAACCAGGAGUGGGCCCUGACGAAGGAGAAGUCUGUGAAACACAUGGACCUGUGCCUCGCUGUGGUGGACCGCUCGCCCGGCUCCCUCGUCAGGCUGCAGGGAUGCCGGGAGAACGACAGCAGACAGAAGUGGGAGCAGAUCGAGGGCAACUCCAAGCUGCGCCACGUGGGCAGCAACCUGUGCCUGGACAGCCGCACAGCCAAGAGCGGAGGCCUGAGUGUGGAGGUGUGUGGUCCGGCCCUGUCACAGCAGUGGAAAUUCUCACUCAACCUGCAGCAAUAAGAGGCCCCAGGGGCCUGCCGUCCACCUGCACACCAGCCCAGUUUGGUGAUCACGUUAUUAUGUUUCAGAAACUUUCCGCAAAACUAUAUACCUCAGUGUUCCAUCAUGGUCUGAAAGUCUUAAGUCUUCAGCGAGGCAUGAGCUGGGCUGGCACUGUGCAGAAGAGGAAAUGAGCCCCUGGGGCUCGGGACAGAGGGUCCCUCCCAAGGCUGGCAUCCUCUGCCUCCCACUUUCUACUUUCUGCCCACUCCCCAGCAGAGGAACAGCCCAGUGCUGGCCGGAACAAGUGGACAAGCAGCAAGCAUGUUUAUAUUGAGGACAGAGGGAACGGGCAGCUGCCCUCACAGCAAGAACUCAAAAAUCUCCAGUUUGUUUUUUUACCCAUCCAAAAUCAUGUGUGUGAACCAGGCAUGGUGGCCAGUGCCUGUAAUCCCAUCACUCAGGAGGCGGAGGCAGGCAAGACCCUGUCUGAGGAGAAAAAGUGGUUUCCACAAAGCCGACCUUUCCUUGCAGACUUCCUCGUUUCUCUGUCCUUGCACCUCUGGGCGCAGCUGGCCUCCCAGCCACUUCCUUCUUCCACUGGCAUACUUGCUGCGUUUGAAUACGGACUUUCCUAUGAGUGGGACACUAAAUAGAGAUACACAUAAAGAGAAUGACGGUCAGUUCCCUGUGCUUCCCCACAUCGUCAUCUCGUGAACCCCGCAGCGCAGCGCAGCUCUGCAGAGGGGCCUGCGCUCCCAGAGCCAGAGGUGACAUCACUGUCUCUGGAGCCUCACCAGCCAGGCCAUGCUGCUCUGCCAGCUGCAGGGGUCCCCGAACCACUGGCCCCAGCCCCCAAACGUCAAUGUUGGACUUCAGCUAGGGAACUGCGGCUGGGUUAGAACGUCUGCUGUGUGCCCAUCGUCGUCUAUAAACCUAACUAGGUUACCUCUUUUGGCAAGUUAUUACUUUGAGUUUUCUUUUAAAAUUAGAUUUCUUUUCUUUAGGAAAACUCAAUCCCACAGCUUCUAACUAAUGUGAGCCAGCAGGACCCCACUGCCUUGUGACAGGCCAGGACCCUGGACAGCUGUCACAUGCUAUUUCUAGGCUCGUAGUGGUCUGAGACCCUGUAUUUGGGUCUUGGGCACUAACUGAGCUGCUGGCAGAGCACAGAGGACCAGCCUUUUAGCAUGUGGGUGAACCCCACAUGUCUGCAGCCCUGGUACAGGUGAUACCCCCAGAUAGAGCCACAGGCAGGUGCAGGAACUGUGGGUAGAGUUAGGACCAUAGGGCCUGUGCUUUUACACUGAGGACCCAGGCCUGUGUCAGCCACAGAGAUGGCCUGGGUGCCUGCCCGGUAGGGCUGCAAGCAUCACACACGAACAUCUCAGGUGUCCCCGAGACCACAGGAACCAUAGUUGGAGGUGGUCAGAGAGCCUGUGAGUGAGUGCUCUGCUUCCCACCUGCGCCAAAAGGGGGCGUGGCUAGUUCUCUUCUGCUUGAGGAGCUCCAUAUAUGUGCACACCGUGACCACGGACCCUCUGGGAAGGCCUGGCCAGGUGCUGACCCUCUGUCUUUUCAGCCCCUGCCAAGCAGCCAGCAAACGAGGCAUUAUAACAGACAGGGUGCCCUUGUGUCUGGUUAAGUCCACACAUGCCCACCUUCCCAGGUAGGCUCUGAGGAAUGUCACUCACAGGUACAGGUGCAAGGCUGUCAAGGAGAAGGCAGGCGUUUAGUCCAAGCAUAGUCGAUGCUGUUAAGCCCCGACACCUCUGCAGUGCUUUGAUCAGAGUGAAAACCACAGGUGUGGAGCAGCACAUCUGUGUUUUGAAGUAGGUGUGGGUGGAGCUUCCCACCACGCACCGGCACCCCACCCCACCCUGUGCUCUCCUGUGUCACCUUUACCAUCUGAGUGUCUGGCCACCAGGGUGCAGCUCAGCCCUCCUCUGAACAGAGGGGACUGGGCAGGGCCCUGCCGUGAGCCAUGUUUACAUGACAGCGUGCCAAAGUGACUCACCAUGCUUGCAUUGUUUCCUAGUCAUCGGGGCUAUCCCACCCUCCCACUCCUGUUUUUAAAACUAAAAACUCCCAGGAGCCCUGGGCGCCCGCAGGCAAAGGUGGUUGUCUUCUGUGGUGGUCCUCGAGUCUCCGUGAAGCUGAAAAUGAUGGUGUCUGUGAGUAUGUUUUGCAAAUUCAAAAUAUAGUUUGGUAAUUUUUUUUCCAGUUAAUUUUUAAAAGAACUGCUGUACAGAGCUUGUACUUUGUCCAUUUUAUAGAUGGAAACCAUCCUUGAAAUUAACUUAAAUAAAGAGAAGAUACUUUAUAGAUAAUGCUAAGCUGC